AGGACUUGUCAUUGUUCUUGAAGCGUUGGGUUUUGGUUCUCAAUGGACUUAGCAUUUAGUUCGCCUAGGUUCGAAUGUUCAGGUCGAGUUUCUAAUAACAGGAAAAUUCCUAGAGAUUUGACAGAGGCAUCAUUACCAGGUGCUGGAUUAUCAAUAAUCGCCGCCUUUUCCAUGAUAUUUUUAUUUGGAAUGGAACUAAAUAACUAUUUUAUAGUGAGCACAUCUACAUCUGUAAUUGUUGACAAGAGUUCUGAUGGGGAAUUCUUGCGCAUUGAUUUUAAUUUUAGCUUCCCUGCACUCUUGUGUGAAUUCGCUGCUGUUGACGUGAGUGAUAUCUUGGGAACAGUAAGUUUCAAUGACUCGAAAACAAUCCGCAAGUAUCCGAUAGAUCCAGAUUUAAAACCUACUGGCUUUGAGUUUCACACAGGGCUAAUUUCAAGAAUGAUUAAGCAUGAUGAUGAAGUUGAUGAAGAGUAUGCUGAAGGUUCUUUUGUACUAAGUGAACAUAAUUUUGAUAGAGUUGCACAUAGGCACCCAAUUUUGGUUGUCAAUUUUUAUGCUCCUUGGUGCCAUUGGAGUAAUCGCUUGAAACCUUCAUGGGAGAAAGCAGCCGGAAUUAUAAGAGAAAGAUACAACCCAGACAUGGAUGGCCGCAUUCUGUUGGGAAAGGUUGAUUGCAGUGAAGAAGUUAAUUUGUGUAGAAGGUAUUACUUAGAUUAAUAUUUUCGUAACUUGUAACUGAAUUUGGAUUAAUAUGACAAUGGGAUAUUGUUGUCUACUGUUCAUUACCAAUUAUGCUGAUCUUCUUCAGUUUUCAUUUC